UGUGUGUGUGUGCGUGUGUGUGUAAAUGUAACGUGUGUCUCUCUUGUGUCUAGCAGUACCAGGACAGUAACAUGCAGAACGUGGUGGAUGUCUCUCUUGUGUCUAGCAGUACCAGGACAGUAACAUGCAGAACGUGGUGGAUGUCUCUCUUGUGUCUAGCAGUACCAGGACAGUAACAUGCAGAACGUGGUGGAUGUCUCUCUUGUGUCUAGCAGUACCAGGACAGUAACAUGCAGAACGUGGUGGAUGUCUCUCUUGUGUCUAGCAGUACCAGGACAGUAACAUGCAGAACGUGGUGGAUGUCUCUCUUGUGUCUAGCAGUACCAGGACAGUAACAUGCAGAACGUGGUGGAUGUCUCUCUUGUGUCUAGCAGUACCAGGACAGUAACAUGCAGAACGUGGUGGAUGUCUCUCUUGUGUCUAGCAGUACCAGGACAGUAACAUGCAGAACGUGGUGGAUGUCUCUCUUGUGUCUAGCAGUACCAGGACAGUAACAUGCAGAACGUGGUGGAUGACCUCACCAGCUAUCUGGAACAGCGUCUGGACCCUGGGGGAGACAACAAGCUGCUGCUAUAUGACUUGUGCACCGUCAUCAAAACAGCCACGAAAGCAGACGGAUUUGCACUUUACCUCUUGGCAGAAUGCAACAAUAGCUUGUGUUUGUUUAAACCGACGGGGGCUGAGGACGGUCCUCCCACCCUCAUCCCAGCUGGUCCCAUCGCGUUUGGGACCACCAUCGCCGCUCACGUCGCCACAACACGCAAAACACUGCUAGUAGAGGACAUCACAGGGGACGAGCGUUUCCCUGAAGGCACAGGACAGGACUCAGACUCAGGGAAUCAUGUUCACUCUGUCCUGUGCCUCCCCAUCCUCACGGCCAUCGGUGACCUCAUAGCUAUCCUGGAGCUGCAUCGGCACUGGGGCCACGAGCCCUUCACUUCCAGCAACCAGGAGGUUGCAACGGCGAAUUUAGCAUGGGCAUCUGUAGCUAUUCACCAAGUACAGGUGUGCAGAGGCCUAGCUAAACAGACCGAGCUCAAUGACUUCCUACUAGAUGUGUCAAAAACGUACUUUGACAACAUUGUGGCAAUAGAUUCUCUACUUGAACAUAUUAUGAUAUAUGCAAAAAACUUGGUGAAUGCGGAUAGAUGUGCACUGUUCCAGGUGGACCACAAUAACAAGGAACUGUACUCAGACCUGUUUGACAUCGGGGAGGAGAGCGAGGGCAAACCUGUCUUCAGGAAAACCAAAGAGAUUCGGUUUUCUAUAGAGAAAGGAAUAGCGGGCCAAGUGGCACGGACGGGGGAGGUCCUUAACAUCCCAGACGCCUAUGCAGACCCACGCUUUAAUAGAGAGGUGGACCUCUAUACGGGCUACACCACGCGGAACAUCCUAUGCAUGCCCAUCGUUUCCAGGGGGGCCGUAAUAGGGGUCGUACAGAUGGUUAACAAGCUGAGUGGAAGUGCCUUCACCAAAACAGACGAGAACAACUUCAAGAUGUUCGCCGUCUUCUGUGCUCUAGCCUUGCACUGUGCCAACAUGUACCACCGGAUCAGGCACUCUGAGUGUAUCUACAGGGUAACCAUGGAGAAGUUGUCCUACCACAGUAUAUGUACUUCAGAGGAGUGGAAGACCCUCACGAAGCUGGACCUGCCUACGCCCCUUUACAAAGAGAUAGAACUGUUUCAUUUUGACAUUAGUCAGUUUGAGGAGCUGUGGCCGGCUGUCUUUGUUUACAUGGUCCACAACUCAUGUGGAGAGACCAGUUUUGAGCUGGAGAAGUUGUGCAGGUUCACUAUGUCUGUGAGGAAGAACUAUCGGCGUGUUCCCUACCACAACUGGAAACACGCGGUGAACGUGGCUCACUGUAUGUACGUCAUACUGCAGAAGACCACCGCCAUCUUCACUGAGAUAGAGAAGAAGGGUCUGCUGAUAGCCUGUCUAUGUCAUGAUCUGGACCAUCGAGGCUACAGUAACACCUACCUGCAGAAGUUUGACCAUCCUCUAGCUGCCCUGUACAGCUCGUCUACUAUGGAGCAGCACCACUUCUCCCAGACUGUAUCCAUCCUGCAGCUGGAAGGGCACAAUAUUUUCUCCAACCUGACUUCCAGUGAGUACGAGCAGGUGCUAGAGGUCAUCCACAAGGCCAUCAUCGCUACAGACCUGGCGCUCUACUUCGGCAACCGCAAACAGCUAGCUGAGCUACUGACCACGGGAGCACUGGACCUCAACAACCACCAACACAGGGACCGUGUGAUUGGUCUGAUGAUGACAGCAUGUGACCUGUGUUCCGUUACCAAGCUGUGGCCCAUCACGCGACUAACGGCUAAUGACAUCUACGCUGAGUUCUGGGCCGAGGGGGAUGAGAUGAAGAAGAUAGGUAUGCAGCCCAUCCCUAUGAUGGACAGAGAUAAGAAGGAAGAAGUUCCUCAGGGGCAGGUGGGGUUCUACAAUGCUGUUGCCCUCCCAUGUUAUACUACCUUAUCUGAGCUCUUCCCCCCGUCUAGCCCUCUUCUACAAGCCUGCAAGGAGAACCUUGGCCAGUGGGAGAAGAUAGUGAAUGGAGAGGAGGAGGACAGUGGAGUGAGAGGAGUUUGGGCUCCAUCAGAGCCUGCUGACCCCAGGGUAGAGCCUGUGGACCCCAGGGUAGAGCCUGUUGACCCCAGGGUAGAGCUUGUUGACCCCAGGGUAGAGCCUGUUGACCCCAGGGUAGAGCCUGUUGACCCCAGGGUAGAGCCUGUUGACCCCAGGGUAGAGCCUGUUGACCCCAGGGUAGAGCCUGUUGACCCCAGGGUAGAGCCCAGCACUGAGGAACCAGCUAACCCCCACUCAGGCCCUGUGAAGGUGGACAACUGACUGGCAGUGAAGCCACUGCUCGCCCUCACUACCUUACAAGUCAAUACGCCCUCAACGCAUCCCCUGCCAUUAACAGGGACUACUUCCUGUCUGAACUGUUAGCGCCUCACUCCAUGCUGCAACAGGAAGGAGGGGGACACAUGCGUAGGGACUAAGGAAGGUGAUUGGUGGAUUUUACAAACAAGGGGAUUCUUUUCAGCACCACACAGUUACCUCAUUGGGCGAGGGAGGUGAGGAGGUAACACUGACAGUGUUCAUUGCUCCGUAGACACACGGACGGAUGGACGGAGGACAGCGGGGUCUUGUUCAUUAGGCGCGAAAUGGAAGCUAACGGGCCAAAACAGGAAGGAACUACCUGGACUUGUCAUUGAGGUGGGGACUCGGCCCCAAUCACCUGAUCCACUCCACUGCUUGGGUACCAAUUCAGACCUGUCCGAACGGAUCUGUAUGUCUAUGGUUUUGUUUUUGUUUUGUUUUAGUUGGUUUGUUUUGAUUUGAUUUUGAUUUAAAUUUUGAAUUGUGUCUGGUCUGUUUUAUGAUCUGGUCUUGUAAUUUGCAGAGGCCUUAGUCUUUACACUCUAAACCUUUAUAAAGGGCAGGAGAUGUGAAAUCUUGACUGUUUUUUUUUUGUUUCAGACUUUAUGAAUGUGUCCCAAAUGGCACCCUAAUCCACUACAUAGAGCCCUAUGGGCCCUGUUCAAAAGUAGUGCACUGUAUUGGGAGUGUUUGUUUGCCUGCUGUGGUAGACUGACUGCGUUAUCGCAAGCAAAACUACUUGGGAGGAGGUGGUUGGCUCUCAAAGAGAGACAGAAAGAAUGUUUAGCAUGUCGCAAAGAAUGUUCUAGAAUGUUUUCUGUCACUUUGAGAGAGAAAAAAAACUGUUUUUGCUGUAGUUGAAUGAAGACAUGCCGAACAUACAUACAGCCUAGUCGAUUCUAUUCAGAGAUGGCAGAGCAGAAAUCCCCCGACAGCGUCUUGUGUAAAGCACAGACAAAGUUAGUGUUACCAACAGGGCUGAUUUAGAUCAUGUCAACAUUUAGCUAGCCGUGUCACACGAGAGUCACACUGUUCUAUGCAGAAAUAGCCCCCCAAUACCCAACACCCAGGCAGACCUGAGUUCAAACACUUUUUGAAAUAAUUUCAAAUACUUUAUCUGGGCUUGAUUGAGCUUGCCUGGCAUAAUGAAACAAAUGGAAGAGUUGUUGGCAAUCAAUGCAGGCUAAAGCAAUUGCUAAAAGUAUUUGAAAGAUUUCAAAUAGUAUUUAAACCCAGGUCUGCAUCCCGCCACCCCACUACUUGCCCCUGGUGUUGCCUUGGCUUAGAGAAACCGUCUUCUGACUACAAGCCAGCCUUUUGACUGCCUGGUUAACAGAACCCAGAACCUUGGGCAAUCAGUUUUUUAGUUUCUAGAACCCAGAACCUUGGGCAAUCAGUCUUUUAGGUUCUAGAACCCAGAACCUUGGGCAAUCAGUAUUUUAGGUUCUAGAAACCUGAACCUUGGGCAAUCCGUUUUUUAGGUUCUAGAACCCAAAACCUUGGGCAAUCAGUCUUUUAGGUUCUAGAACCCAGAACCUUGGGCAAUCAGUCUUUUAGGUUCUAGAACCCAGAACCUUGGGCAAUCAGUAUUUUAGGUUCUAGAAACCUGAACCUUGGGCAAUCCGUUUUUUUAGGUUCUAGAACCCAAAACCUUGGGCAAUCAGUUUUUUAGUUUCUAGAACCCAGAACCUUGGGCAAUCAGUCUGUUUUUGGGCUCUAGUUGUAGCCUGGUCCCAGAUCUGUUUGUGCUGUUUUACCAACUAGAACAGCUCCUGAGUCAAGUCCAAUGGUACAACUAUUCGCUGAGUUAAUAGCACAAUAUGGACACGCACAUUGAUACAACAUUGAUUUAAAAUGAAUAGAUAUUGAUUGAUAGCCAGAACAUUAUGUCAAGACAGCAGGCAUAAGGAAUACUCUCUCUAGGGUUGCACAUUUUUGUUAACUUUCCCAAAAUUCCCCGGUUUUCCAGAAAUCCUGGUUGGAAUACUCUUGGAAUUAGGAGGGAAUAUAGAGGAAAUCCAGGAAUCCUUCCUUUAGGAUUUCUGGAAAACCAGGAAUUUUUGGGAAUGUUACCUGAAUUAAUACAGUAUAAUUUAUCAUUUGAAAACAAAGAUUUUGUGAAAAAUACUAUAUACCUCAAUUAAUCUAAUAUCGACAGUAAUUUUCUUACCAUUGCCAGUUGUAUUCAUAAAACGUUUGAGAUAUA